UUGUUGAAGUAGAAUGAUUUCACAGUUCUGUUUUUUAAAAAGCCAGUGGUGUGACUCAGUUUCUUUUGUGUCCUCAUUGUGAAUUAUUAAGCUUUGUCACAUGGAAUUGAUAAGGAUUAGCAGGACGCUGACCUGGCUAGUAGCAAAUCAAAAUCAGAGCAGUGGAAAAUCAUGCAGGGAAAGGGAGGAUGCAAGCAAGCCAGAGGGAGAGAAAAGGCAAUAUGUGGGAGCAGACAAGGGGAGGUUAAAAGCAAGCCAGAGGGGGAGAAAGGGUAAUAUGUGGGAGCAGACAACUGCUAUGCACAGCCUGUAAGAAUAGAGUAGGUGUUAGAGCUGGGAAAAGGUUGCUCCCGUUAAUCUCCAAGGGUUAAGCUCCACUGCCAGGAAUUUGUAGUUUCUUCUCAGGCCGCAGGGGAUGGAAGAGGGAGGGUGGGAGAGAGAGAUGUGCCAAGCGCACAAGUGGAGAAUUCUCUACUGGUCUGGAAUGCAUGAGCUGAGCAAGGGACUCUGGUGGAUACCCAGCUGUGUGAGCAGUGUGUACCUCCGCUACACUGUCACCUUUCGGCCAGCUAGACUGGGAGAUGGCUUCAACACAACGACUGCCUGUGACCUCCCAGCACCAUGAGCUCUGCCAUCCCACUGUACAUCUCCUGAGAAAGAUGCGCUCGGAUGUCAGUACCCUUCUUGAGUCCUAUGCUGAGAAGCAAGGGCUGGACACCAACUUCAGCCUUGACUCAAUUGAUGGUGUACCUGUAGCUGACACUGAACACUGGAGUGAGAUUUCAGAUGCUGAGCGGCUGGGAAUUAACUUGAAAGCCUAUUGGGCUUUUGAGAUUUUGCUGGAUGAAAUCCUGGAAGAGCAGAGAUCCAACUUGACACCUACUGAUGAUGAUUUCCAUAAAUCUAUCCAGUCGGUCAUGCUCCAAGUGUCUGCACUGGCUUACCAGCUGGAGGAACUCAUGGUCAUCUUGAAUCACAAUGUGCCUACCAGAGAACUGGAAGGUACCAGAGGCACUGGUAAACAUGGCUUAUUUGAGAAGAAAAUGAGAGGCAUGAAGGUGCUGCAGGAACUUGCUCAGUGGACUGUCAGGUCUGUACGGGACUUACACCAAGUCUCCAAGUCACUUCAGGCAGGCAUUAUCCCAUGCAAAACUCAACACCUGGCUCAUGCCCAAGAGAAAUGAGGCUGCUCUUCUCUGUUGGAGCUGUCUCAAAGACAAAAUACUUCAUGCUCAGUUAUGGCUUAUUAGACUGAACAGUGUAGUCACAGUGAGCCCUCUGAGAGGGGUGAAGUGAAUAAUGCAUUUCAAGUGUUAGUAUUUAUUUCCUUUUAAGUAAUUAUUAAAUUUAAGCCAUUUGACAGUAUCUUUUUGGAUACAUUUGCAAAAUUACGUUUUUGUGAAUAUAAUCUCCCCUAGCCUGGUGCUCCCACAACAACUUCACUGAUCAGAUGUGGUUAUUAUUUAUUCACAUUUUCCCACUUGUUUUCCCCAAGAACUCAGUGGGCCAUAGCACAACUGUACAACAACCUUUUCUGAAUUUCAGCCACAAGAGAUUGGAAGUCAAGUUUAAUGAACAAAAUAUUUCAGCCUGAUUCUCCUUUUUCCAAACAUCCUUCUUGCUGAACCACAGUGGUUUGUUUGUGGUUUAAUCAAAAUACUAUGUGAAGUUUUAAUAUUGCAUACUUGUAGGAGCUGUUGGUGGGAGAAAAGUCUGACUUGAAAUGAAUUCACUUAUCAGUAGCCCAUCUGAGGAAUUUCCAUGAACUUGCAAGGGCUAUAAGUGAGUAAAGCAGGAGUGGGAAUUUUGAGUUUAUUCAAAUAUUAUUAGAUUGCAAUCCCCAGCAUUCUUCAUGAUAGUGGAGCUGGCUAGGCUGAUGGGACUUACCCUCCACCAACCUCUGAAGGGCCACAUGAUUCCCACUCCUGGAGUAAAGAGUAGCAGUGAGAAUAACUUCAUUCCAUUUGGAUCUUUACACUCUCUGCAACUGCCAGGAUUAAACUCUGUUGUACAUGGUACAUGAUAGAUUUCUGCUCAGAUCCAGAAACUCAGCACUUGUCAGAGUCAUCUCAGAAUUGCUAUUCGUGGCUUUCAGCUGGGUAAAAUGCCAAGUUGGCUUGGGGGUCUAGUGGAGCUCCACCACUUGGAGUAAAUAAUUAUAACAUCAUAGUAUCCAACAAAUGGAAAGAAUGUGCUUUUCAGGUCCUCAAUUUUGCCACUACCAGUUUCAAGUCAUAUAAAUCCACAUUCCAGAAAUGCUUAGUUCUGAUACUGAACAUGGUGAAAAGGUAAUUAACCCUGCAAGCUUAAAAGAUGCACCAGGUAAAUGUGUGAAAGUAUACCCAUGCUCAGAUUGUUCAUGCUUUGUUAGGAUGUGAGAGAGGCUUUUCCCAGUGGCUGCCCCCAGUUUGUGGAAUUCACUUUCAUGGGAAGAAGCCCUGGCUCCCUCUCUGCUCACCUUCCACCAACAGGCAAAGAUCUUUGUAUUUUGAUAGGUUGGCCACGAACUGGCUGCUGCAGAGAUAUCUUUUAAGGAGGGUGGGUUUUACCUUCCCCCAUUUCCUGUUAUAUUUUUAAAUUGUUUUAAAGCUGCUCUGUUUGGUUUCAAUAUGAUAGCUAAUUUAAUCUGUAUAAAUUGUUCUUCAGUGUCAUCACUGAUUGGUUUUAAUAUGUAUUUUGUUUUAAUUCAUGUUGUAAACUGUCUUACAACAUGGGAGAAAGGUAGAAUGCAUGAAUGAAAAAAAUAAAUAUUGCUAAAUAUUCACAGAGCUAUAUAUUCAGCCCUUCCUUCUCCCAUUAGUUUACAACAUUUGCUUAAAAAUUAUUUGCAGUAUUUAUAGCAGGAAGAAGCAACUUCUGAGCAUUCAUACAUGAUAUUGGGAGUUGUAGUUUGACUCCAAUGAGCAGCCAAAGAUUCCCCAUUCUGUCUGUUGGUGGAGAGUGUGGUUUAGAGCUUGGAACUGAUGGGCAGCAAGUAAUGUGCCUGUCUGUAAUUGGUUACCCAUUUUGUAAUGUGGAUGAGACAGAGUAACAUUUCAAGCAACACUGUUUUACUGGUUAAAGGAGUAAUGUUUUCUAAUUACUGUACUGUUAAAGUUGCAAUUAAAAUGGCAUUUAAAAAGCUAUUUGACAGGAAUUUUUCAAGGUUUAUGCCAUUCUCUUAUCAAUCAUGCAUUUUUUAAAGUACUGAAAAUUAACAAAAUUAACAAGCAAUGCAAAAUGAAUAAUGCAACAGAAUAUUUGAAGCAAUAAUAACAAAUUACUUUUAAAAUGCCCACAAUGGGUCGCAGGAACAAAUUGCUUUGGGAAAGCAGUGUUUCAAACUCUUGUAAAAUUUUUAGAUCUGAAAAGCCCUGUGUUUAAGUGGCUUUGUUUCCACUGUAAACAAGGGAAAGCACUAUUCCCUAAAUUUGUUUUUUAUUGGGAAGUGUCUAUUAAUUUUCAUUGAGAGCUGUACUCACUGAAAAAUAAAUUGAAUUUAAAAUUACAAUAUGCAAAGGUUGGGUGGAAAAAAUAUUAAUAAUGCUACCUAGAAAUGUUGAGUUACAAACCAGUUAGGGUUUUGUUUUGAAAACCUGGUAAGUUAUUUGAUUUAUUUAAAGCCACAAUUCUAGCUAGUCUAGGUGAAUAAGGGGCUAUAUAGACCGGCCUGAAAGGCUGGCCUGUGGGCGGAGUUGGGGCACAGUGUCCUGAUGACGCAUGCCCUGACUCUGUUCCCAGAGCGCCAUGAUGCUGUGUGCCACUCCAGACAGCACACAGCAUCAUGAUGCACCUCCAGCACUGUGUCCAGUUGAUGCAGCACUGAAGGGGUGCCAUAUAGCUGCACCACCGCAGCUAUGGCACCCUCGCAAGGCUGCAUCGGGACCGCAGCAUGAGGUUGACAUGGCCCUGAUCCAGCGUGAAAAGGGGCAGUUGCAGGCUGUGCCUUCGGAGUAGUCUGUAUAACCCCUAAAUCCCAUUGAAUAUUGUUACAAUAUUGAAGAAUAUUUUAAACAUCUGAGUAAAUUUGCAUAGAAUUACUGCAUGACAAUGAUUAAAAUUCACUGCAAUCUUAUGCAUGUUUGCUUGUGAAUAAAUCUCAUGGAUAGCAAUAGAAAUUAUUCCUGGGCAAACACAAUAGGAUUGUGGACUUAGUUAAAUGAGCUGAUACAACUCUCAAUCCAAAAUGUAAAUGCUAUGUUAUGUGAACUGCUAUUUAAACUUAUUUAUAACGGAGACAGGGAUUGUUGUUCAUAAAAUCAGCAGUGGUUCUUGUUUUAGGACCACUUAAUAUGAAUAAAUUAAUCUAUAGAAUAACCUCUUUGAGUUCAGAUUUAAUUUCGAAGAACAAUUGGGAAUCAAAAACCAACUGGGAUUUUGAAAUGUUUACAACUCAUUUUCUUUAAACCAGGAAAACAAAACAAAACUGUAUAGUCCCAGGCCUAAAUGAAUCAAAAUCUGAGUUUUAGUUGGUGGGGGCAGUUUCUGUUCAUGAACUUUGCCAAAUAGAGAAGAACAAAGACUUCACUCAGAGCAGUUCCAGAUAGGACUUUUGUCAUGCUAUGGCACUGGCUCCUCCACUGAAUUUUAUGUGGGCUUCGUCAAAUAUCAUUGGAAUCCACUUACAACCCUCCCUAAUUUUUCCUCUACUGUUUCUGCUGUCUUUUUUUAAAAAAAACUUAAGAGUUCUGUUCAGGAGAAAAAGACAGAAUAGUUAUAUAGUUCCUUUUAAUUGCUAGUUUGAGGAGCCUUCUGUCUGGAAAUGCUCUCAGCAUGCACAGAAAGAUGAGGAAAGGAACAUAAGAUUUUUCAGCACACUUCUUUGUUAAAUUGGAUAAACAUUUAUGUCUGUGGAGAUGGAUCAGAGUAUGUAGUAAAGUCUGGAAUUACUUGUGUUGUGUGUCCUCUAAGAACCCUGCAUUAAAAUAGCCAAUAUAUUUUCUUCCCAGGCUCCAUGCAUAAUUUUCCCCCAUAAAUAAUUCAAAACUUGGUGAACUGGUAGAUUUUUUUGAAUUGGGAGUAUUUUUAGUAAUAGGAGGAGAGAGACAGGUGAGGGGAUGAGCAACAGAAAAGACGUGAGGGAAAGGGAAAUAUGACAAAGGCUGCCUCUGCAACAGUGAAGUUUCACAUUGAACUCAUUGAGUUGAUUCCCAGCUUUGUCAUGCUUACAGUAGGCCUAUUGGCUAACUUCAAUCUGAUUGAUUUCAAUAGGUUUAUUGAAUUAUUAUUGUAAUGUAUCAAAUUAUGAUUACAUCUGGAUCCAACAUAGUGGGUUUUACUUCUGAAUAAAAUGUGUGUAUAUGUGACUUUGCCAUACAGUUGUUUGUCUUAACAAAAGUUGACCUCUGGUUUUAAAAACCAGAAAAAAGUCAACCCCUCCCCCCUUUGAAAUAAUACCUCUGAGCCCAGGAAAGUCUAAAGCAGGGGUAGGCAACCUUUUUGAGCCGGGGGCCGGGUUGCUGUCCCUCAGACAACUGGGGGU